UGACCACACCCACACCUCCACACAGCUCCAUCCUGCUACAUCAGUAAGCGGCAGUGACGUCAGCCCUGCAGCACCGGCCGGAGCUGCGUCCUCAGCCGGUCACCUACAGACCAGCACACCAUCACAGCACAGCACAGCACGGCACGGCACGGCACGGCACAGCUGUCGGUCUUCACUUUCUAACUACAGAGAGCGGCCUGUAACAUCAUGGGCAACGUACAGCCCACCAUAGUCCCAUAUGAGGACUUUGAUGUCACAGCUGACAUUAAGGCUAUCAGAAAAGCAUGCAAAGGUUUAGGCACAGAUGAGGAGGUCAUUAUUCAGAUCCUGGCCAAUCGUUCUGCAGCUCAGCGUGUGGAGAUCAAACAGGCUUACUUUGAAAAGUACGAUGAUGAGUUGGAGGAAGUCCUGAAGAAGGAGCUGACAGGUAGUUUUGAGAAAGCCAUCAUAGCCAUGUUGGACCCUCCUCACAUUUUCUUCGCCAAGGAGCUGAGGAAGGCCAUGAAGGGGGCGGGCACAGACGAGGCCGUGCUGGUGGAGAUCCUGUGCGCGGCCACCAAUGAGGACAUCUUGAGCUGCAAGCAGGCUUAUGCCCAGGUGCAUGAGCGUGACUUAGAGGCAGACAUUGAGGAUGACACCAGCGGAGAUGUGAGGAACCUGCUGAUGUCACUGCUGCAGGCGAGCAGAGACGAGGGCUAUGAAGUGGAUGAGGAUUUAGCCGAACAGGAUGCCACAUCUUUGUUUGAGGCAGGAGAAGGCAGAUUUGGCACAGAUGAGUCUACCUUCACCUACAUCCUGACACACAGGAACUACCUGCAGCUUCAGGCCACCUUUAAAGUCUAUGAGUCGCUUUCAGGAACAGACAUUUUGGACACCAUUGACUCUGAGGCAGCAGGAACUCUGAAGGACUGCUACAUCACUCUGAUCAGGUGUGCAAAGAACCCGCAGUUAUAUUUUGCCCGACGCCUUAAUGCCGCCAUGAAGGGUGUGGGCACUGAUGAAGACACACUCAUUCGCAUCAUUGUAGGCCGCUCUGAGAUCGACCUGGAGACAGUGAAGGACAUGUACCUGGAGAAAUACGAUGUGACCCUGAAAGAUGCUCUGGAUUCAGAGUGUAGUGGAGACUUCAAGCGCCUCCUCAUUGAGAUCCUGCACUGAAAUGUGUCACCAUCUUCCUACAGGCCUUAUCUAACCAACAUGACACAGUCUCUGUACCCACUCAUGCUUCCUCCUCCUCCUCCUCCUCCUCCUCCUCUUCUCUAUACUCCUUUUUACCAGUUUAACUCUUUCACUUAGUGGAUGUCUUUUUGUCUGUCAUCCUUCUCACAUCUUUUUUCAUAUCUUUCUCACAUCUUAGAGAUAGUCUGUCAGUUCUCUUUGCAGCAUGGACCAAAAAUCAACUCAUUGUUAUAUGAGACAGUGUUUUACAGUGUCAGCUUAGAUUCAAAGUCUUUAAAUACACAGUUUUACCAAGAACAUUACACUCAAUAGAAUUACACUUCUCUUCCUGUUUUGGCCAGCAGAGGUGCACUGAAUAGUAAAGAUCCCUUUGACAUUAUGGCAACAUUGUGGAACUUGUGCAGCUGAGCAUCAUGUUAAUGCUUUUAUUCACAUUGAUAGUGUUAGUCCUGUUGUUUGUUCACGAUCAGCAGCUUUAUGGUCUUUUUGCACUUCUGUUGUAGUUCAUUAUCUCAAAUGUAUCCCAAAGCUGUAAACAUUAAGAGGUUGCUGCUGCUCAACAUAAACUAUGUCACCUCUUGUAUGUCACUUUAUUUAUAUUAUUUCAUUUGAUCUAUCUAUUAGCUUCACUAGUACUUCAAAGAUGCCUUUACAUUGACAGCAAUGUAAUUUCCUUUUUGCUGCAACACUCAACACUUAAGUGCCGUCUUAUCACAUUUGAUCUCUGAUACCUGAAGACACGAGAGGAUUAAUUAUACAUAUUAUUACACUGAUAGUAAAAGCCUAAACUCUUUAAGUACUCACUAUUGGGUUUUUCUAGUCACAUCCCUUAACUUUGUGUGGGAUUUUUAACUUAAUUUUUUUAACUAGACAAUUUGUAAUCUUCUUUUUAAUGACAGCUCAAACUAUCAGACAGUUGCUGUGUUCCUGUUUCCAUUCAGUCACUAAAUUUACAUAUACAAAAGUGAUACUUGAGUAAAACUUUAAGAUCAUUUUGCAUUUAAGAUCAUUAGAUAACAAUACUAAUAUUGAAAAAUCCUAUAUUUUACACUGUAACCCCAUGAACUACAGUUGCUGAUAAUUGACUUACUGUCAGCAUCCAUGUAUGGAAAGGUAUCUUAACUAAAUGUAUUUAAGAUUACAUUAAUAUAAAUGACCAUAAAAAUUGUUAUAUUGUCGUAUAAUGGUUCCAAAUCAAUAAACUAAAUUAUAUGAAGGAAGUAAUUAUUAACAUGUAAUGUGGCAGAUGAAUGCAGUGAUAAUAAAUUUUAACUCCACCAAAUAAA